GAAAUAGUAAGAUCUGCAAAUAGUAUUUGAGUUGCGUAAGAGCAUGGUUGCGGAGGAAGAGGCAGUGUAGAGUGCUCUUCAAAAGACACAGUCUGCUGGGGUAACUGCUAGGAUAAAACAGACCCUAAAGAGUAAGUGGUGGAGAUCAAACUGUUCAGAUCUAUCAUGGAUGAAGAUUUUUCUCCAGGAUGCAGUCCAGUUUAUCAGAUAAGAUCAGAAGCAGAGCCCAGCUGUGUGUCUAUGAAGAGUGACGAAUCUAUGAUUCAGCCAGUAAAGUUUAACAGUGGAGAUUCAUGGCCUGGUCUCAGUCCAGUUCAGCAGAAGAGAUCAGAAGCGGAGUCCAGCUGUGUGACUAAGAAGAGUGACGGGUCUAUGGUUUUGAACUCUCAAGUUCAAUUCAAGUGUCAAGAUACACAGCCUGGUCACAGCCAUGAAGUCCUCAACACAUUUAGAUCAAAUCUGAUGAAGAAGUUUGACUGUCUGUAUGAAGGAACAGCGACGCAGGGAAACCCAACACUGCUGAAUGAAAUCUACACAGAGCUCUACAUCACAGAAAGUGUGAGUGGAGAGAUCAAUAAUGAGCAUGAAGUGAGACAGAUUGAGACACUAUCCAGGAGAACAGCAACAGAGAACACAACAAUCAAAUGCAAUGACAUCUUUAGACCUUUCUCUGGACAAGACAAAGCCAUCAGAACUGUGCUGACAAAGGGAGUCGCUGGCAUUGGAAAAACAGUCUCUGUGCAGAAAUUCAUCCUGGACUGGGCUGCAGAGAAAGAGAAUCAGGAAGUCCAGCUCAUAUUUCCACUUCCUUUUAGAGAGCUCAACUUAAUGAAGGACAAAACACUCAGUCUUCCUGAUCUUCUGCACAUUUUCUUCUCUAAAACGAAAGAAAUGGAAAUAUCUAGUAAUGAAUAUAAAGUUUUGUUCAUCUUUGAUGGGCUGGAUGAGUGUCGUCUGUCUCUGGACUUUAAGAGCAAAGUGAAACUGUGUGAUAUAUCUCAAUCAGCCUCAGUGGACAUGCUUCUGGUGAACCUCAUUGUGGGGAAUCUGCUUCCCUCUGCUCUCAUCUGGAUCACCUCCAGACCAGCAGCAGCUGAUCUCAUUCCCUCUGAGUGUGUCCAUCGAGUGACAGAGGUACGAGGCUUCAAUGAGCCACAGAAGGAGGAAUACUUCAGGAAGAGAAUCAGUGAUCAGAGUCUGGCCAACAGGAUCAUCUCACACCUGAAGUCAUCAAGGAGACUCUACAUCAUGUGUCACAUCCCAGUGUUCUGCUGGAUCUCAGCCGCUGUUUUAGAGAAGAUGUUGAGUCAAGCAGAGAGUGGAGAGAUUCCCAAGACUCUCACUCAAAUGUACACACACUUCCUGAUCUAUCAGACCAACAUCAAACAUGAGAAGGACUAUGAGAAGAACAUGACAGAUGAAGACAUGAUUCUCAAACUGGGGAAACUUGCUUUUCAGCAGCUUGUGAAAGGCAACCUGAUCUUCUAUGAUGAAGACCUGAGAGAGUGUGGCAUUGAUGUGACAGAAGCAUCAAUGUACUCAGGAUUGUGCACUCAGAUCUUCAGAGAAGAGUUGGGAUUGUAUCAGGAGAAGGUUUUCAGCUUUGUUCAUCUGAGCCUUCAGGAACAUCUAGCAGCUCUAUAUGUGCACCUCUCCUUUACAAUCAACAACAUUAAUGUCUUUGACCAAACCAAACAAAAUCUGUUGUAUAAGAUUUUUAACCAGAAGAAAUAUAAUUCGCUAUCUGGGCUGCAUCAGAGAGCUGUGGAUGAGGCUUUACAGAGCGAGAAUGGACAUCUGGAUCUUUUUCUGCACUUCCUUCUGGGUCUGUCACUGGAGUCCAAUCAGACUCUCUUACAAAAACUCCUGACACAAACAGGAAACUGCUCCUACAACAAAGAGGAAACAGUGGAGUACAUCAAACAGAAAAUCAGGAAGAAUCGCUGUCCUGAGAAAUCAAUCAAUCUGUUCCACUGUUUGAAUGAACUGGGUGAUGAUUCACUGAUGCAGGAGAUCCAAGAUUAUCUGAAGGCUGGAAAAAUAAGAGAAACCAAACUUUCCUCUUCACAGUGGUCAGCUCUGGUUUAUGUGUUGCUGACAUCAGAGCAGAAGAUGGAUAUUUUUGAUCUAAAACAGUUUAUUGGAGCACAACAUACAGCAGAUGAUGUUCUUCAGAAUCUGUUACCUGUGGUUAAAGAAUCCAGAUCAGUUCGGCUAUGUGGAUGUAAUCUCACUGCUCAAUCCUGUGAAAGUUUGUCUUCAGCUCUAAAAUCCUCAAAAUCCAUUCUGAGAGAGUUAGACCUGAGUAACAAUGACCUGAAGGAUUAUGGAGUGAAGCUUCUGUCUGAUGGACUGAAGAACCUAAACUGCCACCUUGAGAUUCUGAGAUUGUCUGGCUGUAUGGUGACACAGAAAGGCUGUUGUUCUAUGUCUUCAGCUCUGAAUUUAAACCCCUCACACCUGAGAGAGCUGGAUCUGAGCUACAAUCACCUGGGAGAUUCAGGAGUCAAGCUACUCUCUGAAAAACUGGAGGAUCCAAACUGCUUACUAGACAAACUCAAUGUGGAUCAUGGAGGAGAAUCCAGAAAAACAGCAGGACUAAAGAAAUAUGCCUGUUUUCUCACACUGGACCCAAACACAACAAACACUCAGCUCAUUCUGUCUGGGGAGAACAGAAUAGUGACAAAUAUGGACAAUAAACAGGAGUAUCCUGAUCAUCCAGACAGAUUUAAUGUGCGUCCUCAGGUGUUGUGUAGAGAGAGUGUGUGUGGACGCUGUUACUGGGAGAUUGACUGGAGUGGACAAGAUGGUGUGUUUAUAUCAGUGUCAUAUAAGAGCAUCCGGAGGAAGGGAUGGGGUAAUAAGUGUUUGUUUGGUUAUAAUGAUCAGUCCUGGAGUUUGUACUGCUCUCCUGACAAAUACUCAUUCUGGCACAAUAACAUGGAGACUGAUCUCCCUGUUCUGUCCAGUUGUAGAAUAGGAGUGUAUGUGGAUGAUAAUAAUAUCUAUAGAAUAGGAGUGUAUGUGGAUCUGAGUGCAGGAACUCUGUCCUUCUACAGCAUUUCUGAUACAAUAAGCCUCAUCCACACAGUCCAGACCACAUUCACUCAGCCGCUCUAUCCUGGGUUUACUGUUUAUCCCAGAUCAUUAGUGAUACUGUGUUGAUGAAUUAGAUUAAAUUGUAAAGAGAUUCUACCCACAAUGCUUUGAGCUGCAUGAUGAAUCAGUAACAUCCUCAUUUGUAAAACUGGUAUAAAAAUAACUUCCUGAGACCCUCCUGAGAAUAUUAUAUUUUAGAGUUUCUUUAAGACUGUACAUGCCACAGUUUGUCCUGUACAGAGCACAUUCAGAGCUUUUCAGAGAUACAAAAUUUUUGGAUGUUUCACCCUGAGCACUCCCCUUCCUUUGGUCUUCAGAAAUGUCUAAUAUUAAUUCAGUGACACUCUUAUGGAAAUAUGAUAAUAUUUUGUAAUUAUCAUUUAAAUCUAACACAUUUUUUAAACUGUGUGUCAUAAAUCAACAUCUCAGGAAAAUGUUAUGGGGUUUAAAAUCAAAAUAUGACUUUCUGUUACGAAACAGCACGUUGAUUUCAUACAUGUCCUCAUAUAAAGACACCAGGUGUAACGGGGACUCAACAGACAGCAUGGAUAGAUCCCAUUGCAAGCUUUAUUAGAACACAGCGUGGUAAACAUGCAGGGUCGAUCUCCAAACAAACAGCGAUAACCAGGGCAAGACAGAAGCAUAAAUCCAAAAGCAGGCAAAAGGGUCAAAAUACCAGUGGGCAGUCUAAAGUAACAAAUGAAACAAAACAAUGAAAAUAACAAAGAAACAAGACAAUGGCUAUGGCAAUGGCAUGAAACAAUGAAACAAGGCAAUGAAAACAGGAAAAAACUCUUGGUAGAGUCCACAUCGGCAAAACAAUACUUCGCAUAGGCCGUUGGCAUGGCUGCCAAACAGGAAGUAACUAUUGAAGCAGCAGAGGGAGCGGUAACAGAGAGUGCAUUGGUGAGGGCUCCCUCUGCUGGCGUGGCAUUACACCAGGACUAAAAGCUUGUUUAUUACGCAGUUUGGGAGACACAACAAAUGAAUAGUGAAAGAAAUUAUAUUUUAAUAUUCCUAUAAAAUAUUAUAUAUUAUUAUGAAAAUCGUGUUAUUAUUUCUAUUAUUACACUUCUUCUUUAAUUGCAUGCUGCUCCAAAAACAUUAAUAUGCAAAUUAGAUUUAGUUUAUAUAUACAUUGUAUAUAAUGAGUAAAACCGUUUAUGGCCAUUUUAUGCACAUUAUGCAUAAAGAAAAAUGGUAUAUAAAAUCAUUCUGUUAUAACAUACAAACAGGAAAUUAGUUUGUUGACUAAUCUUUAUACAAAGUCCCAACGUCAUCUUUUUUUUAAAUUUUAUUAAUGCUCUAAACAAUGUAAUGACAUGAAAAUAUACUAAUUUUUAACUAAAUGCUUUUCCCAGGUCUUAGGAGGAUAAAGUAAACAAAGUUAUUUUGGAAAUUGUAAAAAUGCAGAAAGUUUUCUGCGAGGGGUGGGAUAGGGUUGGGGUAGAUAAAUUUAUAACUAUAUGUAUAUAAAAACAAUAAGUCUAUGUAAUGUCCCCAUUUAGAAAGCUAAGUAAACGUGUGUAUGUGUGUGUGUGUUUUUCCGCACCUCUCUUCUCUCUUUGGCUCUUUUCCCCAUCUCACUCUUCACAGAUCUCUUGGCCCUAAUUGGACAUGCAGGCUGCCUGCAUGGUGAUUGGAGCUGAGGAGACCAGGCAUCUUUAACACUAGAACCGCCAGAGGUCGCUGUAUACCUAAAACCGCCAUGCGGGUAAAUUUUACCCACGUGCAGACAAGUGUUUUGAUAUGGCUAAAGAAGAUUUUAUUUCACUGUAUUAUGCCACUGUCUUGAUAAAGAAGUGUCUAGUGUCAUAAAAAAAUGAUUGUCUAGUCAUCAACUUAUAUUUUUGCCCUGUUGUUUUAUGUUUAUAGAUUUUUAUGCAGGCUACAGUCCGUUUUCAUAACAGUCAAUUUAACAUAAACAAGACUGCGCUGACAAAGGGAAUUAAAAAGAAGUAACUACAUAAUUGUGUGGUGUAAUAUUAGAAUUCGUUGUCAUUAUUCAAUAAAUUAAGACAAUUCAUGUUAUUUAAAUUACGAAAAUAGCCCAUAGACAACAAUGUGUAAUAAUAACUCGCGCACACUCCAAUCAAAUGAUGAUGCAUCAAAAUGAUGAUGCGAUGUCAAAUUCAAGUGCACAGCUUCACCUAAUGAAUGAUCAAUUUGUUUACUUAUAUCAUUUAUAAUUUGAAUAAAAGAACAACACAAAUAAACUUAGGGUUAUUAAAAAAAAAAAGGAAAAAAAAAAGGUUGUAUUCAUUACAUAGAUCUGAUUUUUUUUCAGUAAACGGACAGACUAGAAUAAAUAGCAACACAGUAGCGAACAAUAAACAAUAGAAAUUACAAAACAAAAAAAUAAUCCAAAGUUUUAACAAUAUGUGUAACGUUAGGCUAACACAUCUAAAUAUGAGAUCGCUGUCAGAUGAGUCGUCAGAUGCUGAGCCGACCCAGGACUCAUAACAGACUCUCCAAUAAUCAUGGUAUUUAGUGCUUCAAAUACCUCUUUGUCAAAAAUCAACUGCCUUCUUUCACUCAUAUUGACUUUAUUUAUGAAACUGAUAACCACUAAUUUAGUGAGUAAAAGGCGCUGCCUAGCAAUGUACAAUGUAAAAACAUAACCGGCAAGAUAAUGACAGUGCGAAAAUACACGCAUCAUAGAGUGGGUAAAUUUGACCUGCGAUGGCGCUUUUAGGUAUAAAUGCUCAGUUUUUCGAUCUAGUAUUAUCUAAACACUUUUUAACACCAGGGGAUUUUAAAUUUCACAAUUUUAGUAAAAGUCAAUGACUGGGAGAGUUGAGUGUUUUAUUGAAAAUCUGUUAUGUACAUUUGAAUAACAGGUACGGGUAAAAUUGACCCCGUGGCGGUUCUAGUGUUAAAAAAGAACUGAAUUGAUUUGUUGGAAGUGAUUGAAAGAAUGAAUGCUUAGCGACUGUAAGCGGUUUUCGUUUCCUUGCUUUUUCAUUUGCUUCAGCAUGUGUUUGGCCCGUCUUGUGCUAUCUGUUUUCUAAAUGAAAUUUUCCCUUGAGUUUGUUGAAGUUCAAGAGAAGUAUCUGUUUUAUUUCCAUUAUUUUUUGUUAGGUCAUUUAGUUAUUGUGGGCUGCAUGGUCUACCCCUGAAAUUAAUUUAAAAUGUUUAUUUUAAGCCUAUAUUGUGAUUACCUGUCCUCAUAUUAAAAUGUAAAAACUCAAAUAAAAAAUUUACUGAACUGUAUUGUUAUUCAUCAUUAACUUUAUCUUAUGUUAACUCCUAAACUGGGGGUUGUAACGAACAGUA